GACACACACAACCAACAGACAACACCACCCAGUGGAAGGAGCAGUGCUAAAAGCCAAAAUCAAAGGUAAGCAGCAUCGAUCAAUCGAACUCCUUGAAAAGAGACGAUGACCAAAAGGGUGGCAGUGAUUGGAGCUGGGGUCAGUGGCCUCAUCUCCCUGAAGUGCUGUGUGGAUGAGGGGCUGGAACCCACAUGCUUUGAGAGGACUGAAGAUAUCGGAGGGCUCUGGAGGUUCAAAGAAAACGUGGAGGAUGGCCGGGCAAGUAUCUAUCAGUCUGUCAUCACCAACACCAGCAAGGAAAUGUCCUGUUUCAGUGACUUUCCGAUGCCUGAAGAUUUUCCAAACUUCCUACACAAUUCUAAACUUCUGGAAUAUUUCAGAAUUUUUGCCAAAAAGUUUGAUCUUCUCAAAUAUAUUCAGUUUCAGACAACUGUGAUUAAUGUGAAAAGGCGCCCAGAUUUUUCAUCCUCUGGCCAGUGGGAAGUUGUUACCCAGAGCAACAACAAGGAGCAGAGUGCAGUGUUCGAUGCGGUUAUGGUCUGCAGCGGCCACCACAUUCUCCCUAACAUCCCACUGACGUCAUUUCCAGGUAUCGAGAAGUUCAAAGGCCAGUAUUUCCAUAGCCGCCAAUACAAACACCCAGCUGGACUGGAAGGGAAACGUAUUUUGGUGAUUGGAAUAGGAAACUCAGCAUCGGACAUUGCCGCUGAGCUGAGUAAGAAGGCUGCUCAGGUAUAUAUUAGCACCAGGAAAGGUGCCUGGGUCAUGAGCCGUAUCUCGGAAGAUGGCUAUCCUUGGGACAUGGUGUUCCACACUAGGUUUAGCUCAAUGCUCCGAAAUGUCCUGCCACGAAUGGUUGUAAAAUGGAUGAUGGAACAACAGAUGAAUCGGUGGUUCAACCAUGAAAAUUAUGGUCUUGCACCUGAAAACAGAUACCUUUUGAAAGAACCUGUACUAAAUGAUGACCUUCCCAGUCGUAUACUCUACGGAGCCAUCCAGGUGAAACCAAGAGUGAAGGCACUGACAGAAAGCUCUGCCAUCUUCGAGGAUGACACAGUGGUGGAAGACAUUGAUGUCAUCGUCUUUGCAACAGGAUAUACAUUCGCCUUUCCUUUCCUAGAGGAGUCACUUGUUAAAAUAAAGGAAAAUAUGGUCUCACUGUAUAAAUACAUGUUCCCUCCACAACUGGAGAAGUCUACCCUUGCAUGCAUUGGUCUCAUCCAGCCACUAGGUUCCAUUUUUCCAACUGUGGAGCUUCAAGCCCGUUGGGCAACAAGAGUUUUUAAAGGCUUAUGCACCUUGCCUCCAGAGGGGACAAUGAUGGCAGACAUUAUCCAGAGAACUGAAAAGAGGAUUGACUUGUUUGGAGAAAGCCAGAGCCAGAAACUGCAGACCAAUUAUGUCGACUACUUGGACGAACUGGCUUUAGAGAUUGGGGCAAAGCCAGACAUACUCUCUUUCCUGUUUAAAGAUCCUAAACUGGCUAUGAAACUCUAUUUUGGACCCUGUAAUUCCUACCAGUAUCGCCUGGUUGGGCCUGGGCAAUGGGAAGGAGCCAGGCGUGCCAUCUUCACCCAGAAGCAAAGGAUACUGAAACCUUUAAAGACACGGUCUCUGAAAGCUUCAUCUAAGUUCCAAGUUUCCUUUUUGUUGAAAUUCCUCGGCCUUUUUACUCUUCUUCUGGCCUUUUUGUUCCAACUUCAGUGGUUCUAAUCUGUCCACAAAACACCUUUGGCAUUUUAUCUUAUCAAUCGAUACCUCUUUUGAAAACAAAGAUUAAAAGAAAAAAAAAUAGUAACUCUACAUCCUAAAUUUUGGAAUUGAUAGAACAAAUGAAGCAAUAAUUAUGGAGAAUUAGCAAAACCAAGUCUUCACAUUAAAUCAAAAUUACACCA